GCCAAGAACAUCGUCGUCCUCACAGGAGCGGGUAUUUCCACCUCAGCCGGAAUACCAGACUUCCGAUCGCCCGAGACUGGGCUGUAUGCCAACCUUGAGAGGUUGAACUUGCCUUUCCCAGAAGCCGUAUUCGAGCUUGGAUAUUUCAAGAAGAACCCUGUGCCGUUUUGGACGCUGGCGAAGGACCUAUACCCUGGCAAAUAUCUGCCUACGCCUACACAUUACUUUCUCACUCUUUUACACCGCCGCUCCGUCCUCCUCCGCACUUUCACCCAGAACAUCGAUACGCUCGAGACACUGGCCAGCCUACCUCCCGAGAAGAUCAUUGAGGCGCACGGGUCUUUCGCUUCUGCGCAUUGCCUCUCAUGCGAGAAGGAAGUGUCCCGAGAGUAUGUCCUGGAGGCGGGAGUGAGGGAUGGCAAGGUGGUCAAGUGCGAUGAGGAGGGUUGUCGGGGACUAGUCAAGCCGGAUAUUGUCUUCUUUGGGGAGGGUCUACCAGAGCGUUUCUUCGAGCAUAUGGGAGACCUAAAGAAAGCCGACCUCGUCAUCGUCAUCGGCACCUCCCUGCAGGUCCAGCCCUUCGCCUCUCUCGCACAGUAUUGCCGUCCAGGUACCCCUCGGCUCCUGAUCAACCGCGAAGCUGUCGGACCAUUCGCACCGCCCCGACGCAAGACGGGCAAAGAGAGCCUCGGGACGCUGCUCAGCCAGCUUGGCAUCAGCGAGAGCGACGUCCCUGAGCUGGAGAGUAGCGACGACGAGGCGGCUGGCGGGUACGAUUACAGCUUUUGGAAGGGUGAUUCGGAUGAGGGGAUCAGGAGGUUGGCGAAGGAGCUGGGGUGGGAGGAGGAACUGGAUGAGAUGAUCAAAGAGGGACAUGAGGCGCUGAGAGCCAAGUGGAGGGAG